AAGAGAGGCAGGAAUGUGAGUAAAUCGCUCUCUCUUCGCAAGAUCGAUGCCCAACAAUGGCGACGUAGGGUUUUAAUCUUUCGCAUGGGCUGCAUUGUAGCCAGUAUGUGUGUAAAUUUUCGUAGGAUGCGAGAGGAAUAAGGUUCUGUGAUUGAGCAUUGUCUUGUAGUAUUAUUUUUCGCAAUGUGAGGUUAGAAUCCAAGGAGCGGCGGUGAUGCUUGCGAAGGGGGGCAGUCUCGUCGAAGAUUGGUGCCGCAUGAGAGCGUGUUGGAUUUGGUGUUCGAUCUGCGAUAGUGUUGUUGUUGAAUGUGUGUCGUGGAUCGGGAAAGAGGUUGGCGUGACUGUUUGUGAGUGAUGGAUCAUGUGUUCGCUUCAAUAAGGGCAGAGCUCGCGUCGAAUGACGGGAUUCGUCAAGCGCAAGCUCUGCUGCUGGCGCUGCAGCAUGCAGCCGGUGGAAAGGACAUUUCCUCAAUUGCAAGCGCAGCGUGCGAGCAGAUAAUUGCCAGUCCCGCGAGUGCGGUGUGCAAGAAGUUGGCGUUUGAUUUGAUCCGGUGCACUCGCCUGACGGCCGAUCAGUGGGAAGUAGUGUGCCGCGGGAUCCAAAACGACUUCAAUUUCCCUGACUCCGAUGUCACGGCGGCGGCCGUGUCUUUUUUAUCGGCUAUUCCUUCCUGGUGGUUUGGGAAGUUUAUCACGGAUAUUAGCAAGGAGAUUUCGAACUGUCUUGUACACGAUAACCCGAACUUGCGAUAUGCGAUCGUGGAAACGCUCGGGUGCUUGCUUGCUCGUGACGAUGUCGUUAAUCUUUGCGUUACGACUCCUGCAUUGUUGGAAAGAGUGGGGGGAUGGUGGCGCCAGAUCGGAGAAAGUAUGUUGCAUCCCUCGGACGCUGUUGCGAGAAUUGCUUCUGAAGGUGUGGGACGCUUGUUUUUGGAGUUCAGUACGAAGAAGCUGAGUAGAUUAGCGGGGGAUAAGCUGGCUCCGAGUGAGGAUUCUCUCGCUAUUCGAGCUAGCUGGGUGGUGGCUAUGUGUAGGUUCGUUUGGGAGAAGCGGGAUUUGUUGAUGGCUCGUUCAAAGGUGUUGACGACUGAUAGCUUUCGCGCAACAGUCUUCCCUCUCGUAUUUUCGGCAAAAGCUGUGGCUACUAGAAUGGUGGAAGAUAUGCAGAAACUAUCAGGUUAUCGGGGAACCCCUCGCGUGGCAGUCGAACAGAGAGAUUUUCGCAAUGCUGAGCACAUCCUGGGGAUUUCUGAUGUUGUCUCUCACCUUAUGCCCUAUUUAUUUGUCCUCGACCCUGCAUUACUGUAUGAAGUCAGUGUCAACCUCCUCUCUUUGGCUGACGUACCUGGAGGAAAGCCAGAGUGGGCGUCGGCACCGAUCACUGCUCUCUUAACUCUGUGGGAUCGACAAGAAUUUAAUGCGGGUAGGGAAAGCAUUGUUCGAGCGGUAGUAAAGAACCUUCAGCUUCUGGAUUUACACCUCCAGGUUUCGCUCUUCAAGCGGCUUCUUUUGAUGGUUAGGAAUCUCAGAGUGGAGGCAGAUCGCAUGCAUGCACUUGCUUGCAUUUGCCGGACUGCUCUUAGUGUGGACCUGUUUGCUAAAGAAAGUGUUAGGAGAGGUCAGAAACCUCUACAGAACACUAACAUAGCUGCAUUGUUUGAGGAUGCGAAACUCAGAGAAGAUCUGGCAAGCAUCAAUAGUGAAAGCCUUUUUCGCGAAGAGUUAGUUGCUUGUCUUGUUGAGAGCUGUUUUCAGCUCUCUGUCCCUCUUACUCGAAUGAAAACUACAGGUCCUGAGAGCCGUGUCAUUGGAGCUUUGAAUUAUGGUAUAGUUUCAGGCGCGAUGAGCUGGACUCAGUCAGCUCUUGAAGUUGUUGAGGUUUGCCGACCCUGUGUGAAGUGGGACUGUCAAGGCCGGACAUAUGCUAUGGACUGUUAUUUGAAGUUGCUAGUGCGUUUGUGCCAUAUCUACGAUACUGUUGGAGGAGUGAAGAAGGCUAAAGAUGGUGCAUCACCUGAACAAAUCCAGGCGGAGAUCCGGUUGCAAGCCUUGCAAAAGCAACUCGUGAAAGACCUCAGCGAGGUUACAACUGCAAGAUUAAGAGCGCGUUUUAUAUGGGCUUUGGCGGAGCACUUUGAUCUUGAAAGUCUGGACCCACUGCUUGCAGAUGAUCCUGAAGAUCCUCUCAAUAUUAUUAUUGAUCACAUUCACAAAGUCAUUUUUAAUACAGAUUCCACUGCAACCAUCAUCAACAGGUUACAGGAUGUUCAGGCUUUGCUUGUUUGCUCAGAGCACCUAGGUUCAAGAAACUUAAGAGCAGCACAAAUGCUGAAAACAGAACUUGAAGAGUUCAGAAAUAGUGCUUUGGCAGACUCUGUCAAUAAACAUCAAUGCCGCCUCAUCCUACAGAAGCUCAAAUAUAUAUCCAAUCAUCCUGACAACAAGUGGGUGGGAAAUUCAGGUUCUACAGGAGACUAUCCAUUCACUCACCACAAGCUUUCCGUUCAGUACUUUGAUGUAUCGGCGGCUCAGGAUCGUAAGCUCGAAGACCUAGUUCACACUGCUGUUCAGGAGCUUUGGAGACCUGCACAAAGUGAACUUACCUUGGCUACGUCUGGUAUGACUUAUUUGAAGGCUGCUCCUAUGCCCAAAACUUUGUCAGGAAGCAGUGAUCCUUGCUUUGUCGAGGCGUAUCAUUUGACUGAUCCACACGAGAAGAGGUUAACACUACAUCUAAAGAUUCUUAAUUUGACUGAGCAAGAACUCAAGCGGGUGGAUGUGCGAGUUGGGCUAAUUGGCGCGCUCCGAUUUAUGGACGGGUCUGCUCAGGGUGUCCGCCAACUACAGCAGCUGCACACACAGGACCCAGUUUUAUCUAGCGUUACUGUUGGAGUAUCAAGGUUUGAACGCUGCUCCCUGUGUGUACAAGUCUUGUACUAUCCAUUCUUUGGUGGAGUUGGAUUAGCCAAUGGAGAGGAAGGCGAGCCAGCCCCAGAGGAAGGAAGUCAUAAUGCAAAGCUGCGGAAAAAUUACUCAUCCGAGUACGGGGAACCAGUGAUCUUACGGUGUGGAUUAUAUCGGCUACCUCUCAUUGAACUUCUGGUUCCAUAUGCUCUCUCACCCGUGGAAUUUUUCAGGCUGUGGCCAAGCCUGCCUGCGAUAGUCGAAUACACUGGGGCUUACACUUAUGAAAGUGUAGGGCUGAAAGCAGCAACCGUGUCUGGAGGGUACAUGGAACCCGCUGUUUUACCUGUUCUUUCAGGAUUGAAAGCUUUAUCAUCCAAGCCUUUCCAUAAAGUGUGCUCUCAUGUCUUGCGGACCGUGGCAGGAUUUCAGAUUUGCUAUGCUGCUAAGUCCUGGUACGGGGACCUAGUGGGAAUGAUGAUCUUUGGAACAAGUGAAGUUAGUGGAGAUGUGGAUCUUGGUGAAGAAACGAAGACUAUGGUAUGCAAGUUUGUGGUGAGGUCAUCGUCAGGCAAACUUGUGGAUGAGAUUGGUGCUGAUGUUCAAACAUGGCUUGAUGAUUUGACCGACAAUGCUCUGCGGGGGGUCUCUGACAAGGAAGUAGAGGCUGCCGCUGCUGAAAAACUUAAGAGAUUGAUUGAGAUUUUGAACGUUAUUAGAGCUAAGCCACCACCUCAGGCGGAACCUGAACUAGACUCGGAUUCAGAAGAUGACAGUUUGCUGCCAGGCUUGGAAACAAAGCCGAAGAAAAAACCCACCACCCUCUUUCUUCCUUCUCCUGAAGAUAUGGAGCAUCAGGCAUUACAAUCAGCUGUGCUGCAUGAGUGGCAUAAAUUUCGUCUUCAGCAAGCUGUAAAUUAGAUCAGGAUCUCAUAUUGGGUAUUCUGUCAUCCAUUCAUCUUAUAGACAUUUCUUUUGAUUAGUAUUUAGUUUAGAUAUGUCCCAAUUUGAGUGAAACAUUCCAACAACCCAAAUGUAGAAAUUUGGUAACAGUGAGUCCCUCUGUUGAUUCUUGUUUCGCGGCUAGGUUUUACCGUUUCAAUAAGAGCACAUUAACAGCAGUUACGCUGAA